UUCUGGUUUAACAGCAGCAAAUCCUGAUCUCUGCUUAUAAAGGGAGCAAAGAGGGUUAGCCUCCCUUUGCCAUUUGGAAUUAAUGCCUUUGCCUGUUAAGACUCAUAACUCCCUUGGGUGUCUUCCUACUCCUGUGCCAGAUGGAAGAACAAUUACUGCUGUUUUAAAGGACGUGUUUUUGAUUUUGGCUACUGAUCCUUCAAACCAGAGCGCAGAGCCUUUCCAAGUUGCUGUCCGAGAAGACAAUUGUAUCAUUGUGUCCCUGGAGGCAUCAGACGUGGUGAGCUCGUCCUCUGUCUACGUUGUGAAGAUAGCUGGAGAAUCCAAGAACUACUUUUUCCAGUUUGACGAAUUCAAUAGCACUUUACCUGCCCCUGUGGUGUUCAAUGCCAAAUACCAUGGCCUGUAUUACAUAGUGACUCUCUUGGUGGUCAACUCAAACAUGGUUUCCAAGUCAGCGAGGUCAAUCACUGUGUUAACCAAACCACUUCCUGUGAGCAAUGUUUCUAUCUAUGAUUACAAGCCAUCUCCAGAAACAGGAGUGUUGUUUGAAAUUCAGUACCCAGAGAAGUACAAUGUUUUUACCAGGGUCAAUAUAAGCUAUUGGGAAGGAAAAGACUACCGAACAAUGCUCUACAAAGAUUUCUUUAAAGGUAAAACAGUUUUCAAUCACUGGCUGCCAGGCAUAUGCUACAGUAACAUCACAUUCCAGUUGGUGUCAGAAGCAACCUUCAACAAGAGCACGCUCGUGGAAUACAGUGGGGUCCAGCAUGAGCCCAAACAGCACAGAACAGUUCCUUACCCACCCCGAAACAUUUCUGUUCAGAUCGUACCAAUCAACAGAAACAACUGGGAGGAGCACAGCGGCAAUUUCGCGGAAGAAUCCUUCAUCGGACCGCAGGAGAUCAUGAGGAAAGGGCAACUCAGCCAUCCUUCUGAGAGCCCUACUGAAAUCCCAGCAGCCAACACCUCCGCAGCCUGGCUGGAUGAGCACUCCAACAGCAGCGAGUUUGGAACCAGCUCACAGCCAUCCUGGUGGUCCAGCGAGGCCGAGUCCUCCGAGGGGGAGGAGGAGUUUGUCAACGCAGGUUCCAGGGAUUAUGAAGCCACUGAUGCCAACACGUCUGGCAGACCCACAGCAGAGCCCCCUCCCUUCCUUCCUGUGCAGAUGGUGCUGACCUGGUUGCCUCCAAAGCCCCCUACUGCCUUUGAUGGUUUCCACAUCAAUAUUGAAAGGGAAGAGAACUCCACAGAAUUUUUGACAGUGAGUGAGGACACUCACAAAUUUGUUGCUGAACUGAAAGAACCAGGAAAAUACAAGUUGUCUGUUACAACAUUCAGCUCCUCUGGCUCUUGUGAAGUUCGGGGAAGUCAAUCAGCAAAAACACUUAGCUUUUACAUCAGCCCCACAGGUGAGUGGAUAGAGGAGCUCACUGAGAAGCCCCAGCAUGUGACGGUGACCGUGCUGAGCUCCACGACUGCCCUGACGUCCUGGACGGCGUCACACGAGAGCAGUGGCAACAGCACCAUCGUGUCUGUGCUCUCCCUCACCUGCCAGAAGCAAAAGGAAAGCCAAAGGCUUGAAAAGCACUACUGCACUGAGGUGAAUUCCAGCAGCAGCCUCAUUGAAAAUCUUGUUCCUGGUGCUCAGUACCAAGUUGUGGUUUACCUACGGAAAGGACCUUUGGUUGGACCUCCCUCUGAUCCUGUCACAUUUUCCAUUGUGCCCACUGGAAUAAAGGAUCUGACACUUUACCCUUUGGGACCCACUGCUGUGGUUCUGAGCUGGAACAGACCUUUCCUGGGGGUGUUCAGGAAAUACGUGGUGGAAAUGUUUUACUUCAACCCAUCAACCAUGACCUCGGAGUGGACAACCUACUAUGAAAUAGCAGCAACUGUCUCCUUGACUGCCUCAGUGAGAAUAGCCAACCUGCUGCCUGCUUGGUACUACAAUUUCCGGGUCACCAUGGUCACCUGGGGGGACCCAGAGCUGAGCUGCUGUGACAGCUCCACCAUCAGCUUCAUCACAGCACCUGUGGCACCCAAAAUUACCUCUGUAGAGUAUUACAACCACCUUCUGUACAUCACCUGGACCUAUGGAGGAGAUGGCCCUGACCUUUCGCAUUCCAGGAUGCUGCACUGGAUGGUUGUUGCAGAAGGAAAGAAAAAAAUCAAGAAGAGUGUGACACGCAAUGUGAUGACUGCAGUGCUGAGCUUGCCUCCAGGGGACAUUUACAACCUCUCAGUGACUGCUUGUACUGAAAGAGGCAGCAAUACUUCCAUGCCCCAGCUUGUGAAAUUGGAACCAGCCCCUCCAAAAUCACUGUUUGCUGUCAACAAGACUCAGACCUCUGUGACUCUGCUGUGGGUGGAAGAAGGAGUAGCUGAUUUCUUUGAAGUCUACUGCCAGCAGGCUGGGUCUGGCCAGGAAACAAAAGCCCAGGAGCCUGUCACUGUCUCCUCACACGUUGUGACCAUUUCCAGCCUGACCCCUGCCACUUCCUACAACUGCAGCGUGACCACCUUCAGCCACAACAGCCCCAGCAUCCCCACCUUCAUCGCAGUUUCCACCAUGGUCACUGAGAUGAACCCCAAUGUCGUGGUAAUCUCCGUGUUGGCCAUCCUCAGCAUCCUCCUGAUUGGGCUGCUGCUGGUCACUCUUGUUGUCCUCAGGAGAAAACACCUACAAAUGGCCAGGGAGUGUGGGGCUGGCACCUUUGUGAAUUUCGCAUCUUUGGAGAGAGAUGGAAAGCUCCCCUAUAACUGGCGUAGAAGUGUAUUUGCUUUCCUAACUCUGCUACCCUCAUGCCUUUGGACUGAUUAUCUUUUGGCAUUUUAUGUUAAUCCUUGGAGUAAAAAUGGAUUAAAGAAGAGAAAGCUGACCAACCCUGUCCAGCUGGACGACUUUGAUGGAUACAUCAAGGAUAUGGCCAAAGACUCAGAUUAUAAAUUUUCUCUGCAAUUUGAGGAGCUGAAACUGAUUGGGCUGGACAUCCCCCACUUUGCUGCUGAUCUCCCCAUGAAUCGCUGCAAGAACCGCUACACGAACAUCCUGCCAUAUGAUUUCAGUCGUGUCCGCUUGGUCUCAAUGAAUGAAGAGGAGGGGUCUGACUACAUUAAUGCCAACUACAUCCCUGGUUAUAAUUCACCCCAGGAAUACAUUGCAACCCAAGGACCAUUGCCAGAAACUAGGAAUGAUUUUUGGAAGAUGGUUCUCCAGCAAAAAUCACAAAUUAUUGUUAUGCUCACUCAGUGCAAUGAGAAAAGACGGGUGAAAUGUGACCACUACUGGCCUUUCACAGAAGAUCCUGUUGCAUAUGGGGAUAUCACAGUGGAGAUGCUGAGCGAGGAGGAGCACACGGACUGGGUGUAUCGCAGCUUCCGGAUCAGCUACGCUGAUGAGGUGCAGGACGUGAUGCAUUUUAACUUCACUGCCUGGCCAGACCACGGCGUGCCCACCACCAACGCUGCCGAGAGCAUCCUCCAGUUCGUGCAGAUGGUCAGGCAGAAAUCAGCCAAGACUAAAGGCCCCAUGGUCAUACACUGCAGCGCUGGCGUGGGGCGGACGGGAACAUUCAUAGCCCUGGACCGGCUCCUGCAGCACAUCCGUGACCACGAGUUCGUGGAUAUUUUGGGCCUGGUGUCGGACAUGAGGUCCUACAGAAUGUCCAUGGUGCAGACAGAGGAGCAGUACAUUUUUAUUCACCAGUGUGUGCAGCUGAUGUGGCAAAAGAAGAAGCAGCAGUUCUGCAUCAGUGAUGUCAUAUAUGAGAACGUCAGCAAGUCCUAGUUCAGAGUCACAGGUGGUGAGACCACGAAGCACACCCAUCUUCCCUUGCUUCUGAUUUAUUUUCUGUUGAUGGUUUGAAGGGGCAGGUGCUGUGCCACCAGAGACCACUGCUCUGCAGUGCAUGGACAAUGAGGGAAAGAAACUUUUACCUUUCUGAAGCACUGGGGAGACAAAGCCUUAACGAGCCUGCGGUGUCUUGUGAACUGUUUAAUUUCUGGACAUUUUUUUUAAACACUGGACCAAAAUCAGCUAAACAACAUGAAGGAAAAGACACUAUAUGUGCAUAAGACAGAUUGCUCCAGAGUGUUGGGGUUUUGUUUGGUACUUUUGGUUAAUUCCUUUCAUAAUUUUUUUUCUCUUGUGCAGGUUGGGCUUAAGGUUGAAAGUAAGUGCAAUAUUUUUUUAAUGACUGGAGAGCUUUCUUCAUGUGUCACUGGUCUGUCCCUAGGAGAGCAGGCAUUGUUAGUAUCUAAUAAUACCUCAUUAGUGAAUAGCGAGGCAUGAACAUACAUGAAGAAACCUGGAGGUUGUGAAAAGGGGCUGGGAGGGCUGGGGGGGUU